AGGUCAGCCGUCAGCGGGCUUUUAAGUCAGUCGGUCAGUCGAGCCUCGCGAUUGAUCGGCCGUCGAUCGGGAUUAUUAUUUGUCAUCAGGGGAAAAGUUAAAAGGGACGAGAGAUGCCGGACGCGAAGAAAAGAGUAUGCAUCGUCGGCAGCGGCAAUUGGGGCUCGGCGAUCGCAAAGAUCGUCGGGGCGAAUGCCAUGAAGUACAACAACAUAUUUGAGACUCGAGUGACAAUGUAUGUAUACGAGGAGAUCAUCAACAACGAGAAAUUGACCAGCAUAAUCAACACCAUUCACGAGAACGUCAAAUAUCUGCCCGGUCACAAAAUUCCGGAAAAUGUGGUCGCCGUACCUGACGUUGUGGAGGCAGCGAAGGACGCCGACAUCCUCAUCUUCGUUUUGCCACAUCAGUUUAUUCGCACCUUGUGCUCAACGCUGCUGGAUAACAUAAAGCCAACUGCAGUCGGCCUUUCUCUCAUUAAGGGCUUUGGCCGAGGCGAAGGAAACAGUAUCGAGUUGAUCUCCAAGAUCAUCGAAAAGAACCUGAGGAUACAGUGCAAUGUUCUGAUGGGCGCUAAUCUGGCCAAUGAAGUCGCCGAAGAGAAAUUCUGCGAAACUACGAUCGGGUGCAAGGACAAACGACUGGCACCGGUGCUGAGGGACCUCAUUCAGACUCCAAACUUCCGAGUGGUCGUCGUAGAGGAUUGCGACACCGUGGAAGUAUGCGGGGCUCUGAAGAACGUCGUGGCGUGUGCAGCUGGUUUUGUGGACGGCCUCGGGCUGGGCGACAAUACGAAGGCCGCGGUGAUCCGAUUAGGACUGAUGGAGAUGGUCAAGUUUGUCGAUACCUUCUACAACGGUUCCAAGCUCUCCACGUUCUUCGAGAGCUGCGGCGUCGCGGAUCUGAUUACCACUUGUUACGGAGGAAGGAAUCGCAGGGUCUGCGAGCAAUUUGUCAAGACUGGCAAGACUAUCAAAACGUUGGAGGACGAGCUGCUGUCCGGACAGAAACUGCAGGGACCGGCAACUGCGGACGAGGUCCAUGACAUGUUGAAGGCGCGCAACCUGAUUGACAAGUUCCCGCUAUUUACCGCGGUGCAUCGCAUCUGCACCGAUCAAUUGCGACCGGCGGAUCUCAUCGACCAGAUCCGCAGUCAUCCUGAGCAUGUGAUGAAAUUGGAGGAGGGAAGCGCGUAGUUUAUGCAGUGCGUUAUGCACGAAUUCAAUAUGGAGUGUAGAAACAGCCUGUGAUAUCGAGGAGGAAAUGAUUUAGCCAGCGGAGGCUUGUACAUACUUGGAACUCCUGUAUCGUAAUCUUAUCGCUGUAAAUAAAGAUUACUUUAAUUAUAAAAA